AAUGGCAGCGCAGUUCAUGCUGCGGUUAUGUAGCAGGAAGCGCGAGCUGCUCGACAUUGAGGAAAGAUGGCGACCAGAGUCCUUCAGAGCCUGAGGAAGGGCCUGCACCCCACUGCCAGCGGGUUCCGACCCAAACAGCACUCUUCAGUAACCAUCCGAACCUUGUCAGCGUCCUCCAACCGGAGCCGUGAAGACAGCUGGUUCAAAUCUCUCUUUGUGCGAAAAGUCGACCCCAGGAAGGACGCUCAUUCUCAUCUGCUGGCCAAAAAAGAAGACAACAACCUGUAUAAAAUCCAGUUUCACAAUGUCAAGCCAGAGUGCCUUGAUGAUUAUAACAAACUUUGUGAACAAGUCUUGCCCUCUAUCCACGCCAACCCUGAAUAUUCGUGUGAGCUGGUGGGAACCUGGAACACCUGGUACGGAGAGCAGGAUCAAGCAGUGCAUCUGUGGCGAUACAGAGGAGGCUACCCCGCCCUGACCGACGUCAUGAACAAAGUCAGAAAGAAUAAGGAGUUCAUGGAGUACAGAGAAGAACGAGGGAAGAUGUUGCUGUCUCGUAGAAAUCAGCUCCUGCUCGAGUUCAGCUUCUGGAACGAACCCGUACCCAGAGACGGGCCUAACAUCUACGAGCUCAGAUCUUACCAACUCCGGCCUGGAACGAUGAUCGAGUGGGGAAAUUACUGGGCUCGGGCUAUCGAGCUCCGACAGCAGAACAACGAGGCAGUGGGAGGCUUCUUCUCUCAAAUUGGAAAUUUGUACAUGGUGCAUCACCUGUGGGCAUACAAAGACCUGCAGUCGAGGGAGGAAACCAGAAAUGCAGCAUGGCAGCACGAAGGUUGGGACGAAGUCGUCUACUACACGGUUCCUUUGAUUCAGCACAUGGAGUCGAGAAUAAUGAUCCCGCUGAAGAUUUCACCUCUGAAGUAGCUUCCUUGGACGGAACCCGGUUCUGAAGACCGAGUUGUGCUGCUGUGGAUCUUUGCUCAGUUCUGGGGAGGAAAAAACUAAACAAAACAUUCGUAGCAUUGCGACUUUUUUUUCCCCUUUUAUUUUAUUUGUUUUUUUUCCCCCACAUGGCUAAGUUUUCCAAUCAGAAUCUUCUGAGAUAUGAAUUACCCCAGAAUUAUUACAGCAGGUCCAUCACUCCUGCUAUUCAUGGCCUAAAAAAACAAUCCAGUCAGGAUCUUUUGACAGUCACUUGAUUUUUAUAAUGCAUUUUUCCCCAGGAUGCGUUUUGUGUGUGUGUGUGUGUGUGUGUGUGUGUGCGCAUUGAGUAGGAGACUUUGCUCAAAUCAUUCUGGAUCUGGAGCUUCAGCCAAUCACGUUCUUGUCUCUGUAUAAUAUGUAGUUCAGUUUUACAACAGUCAGUAAUAACUCUAACAGAAUCUGAACUAAUUGUCAAAAACGAAUACAAAUUUCAUUUUUAUUAUAAGAAACUCAAGACUCGAUCGUUUAAUCGAGUGCUGAUUGCAGAAAUGAGAAUGAAGUGACGACCCCGUCUAAUAAAUUUUAAAUAUUUUCCAUAUUUUCUUUUAUUUGCAGCUUUUGUGUUUAUCUGGUUCUUUUUCUUGUCACUGAACAAAUUACAGCAUGUUUGUAUGUGGAAAUUUUCUCUUUCCACAUUCUAGAAGGAUUUAAUUUUGCUCAGCCAAAAAAAAAAAAAAAUUCUUGAAAUGUUUUUGUGUGAAUUAUGGAUGGAUUGGUACAUAAUAUUCUCACUGCUUUGAGGAGAUUAGAUGUACAUACUAAAAUAAAUUUAUGAUUGAACUACA